AUGUCAGUUGCACGCACACCUACGAAAAACAGUUACAAAUCUAUUUCUCCCACACACUAUGGAUCCGAUUCAGCUAUCUAUACCCUCGAGAGCCAUGAACAUAAUAUAGAUGUUAAUAUUAAAAAAAGAUCUAAACGCCGGUUAAAUAAUCCACCCAGCACCUCCGAUUUAACAUUAGCGGACCUAAUGGUAAGAUUGGAUGAAAUGAAUAAAUUGCAAGAUGCUAAGUUCGCUUCUUUGGAGUCAUCCAUGAACGCCUUAUCAAAGCAAAAUGACGAAAUCAAGGACACAGUUAUACAUUUGUCCGCUAAAUAUGAUGAUGUUUUAAAUAACUUAAAAAAACUUCAACAAGAAAAUGACUUUUUUAAAAACCGCAUUAAAACACUAGAAGGGAAGCUUGAACAAUUAGAAAAAAAUGCACGAACAACCACAGUUGAAAUAAGAAAUGUUCCGAUCUUUGAAUCCGAGGACAAGGAAAAUUUAAUUGAAUUUACAAAAAAGUUCGGCACAGUAAUAAACGUUCCGAUUCAGGAUUCGGAAAUUCGUGAUGUGUUCCGGAUGAAGCUGAAAAACAAACCAAACGGUCCUAUCAUCGUCGAUUUCACAUCAACUGUUAAAAGAGAAAAGGUUAUUAAAGCUACAAGAACCUACAACAAAAUGAACACCGGACGUUUAAGCACUGCGAGUUUCAAUAUGGAUGGUGCCGCAAAGCCUAUUUAUGUGUCGGAAGAUACUGUAGCUAUUGCUGUUUAUCGACCUCCCGGAUACAAGAAUAUUAAUAAUUUUCUUCAAUCCCUUAAUAUUAUAGUACUUAAAUAUUCAAGUAAGCGAAAUGUCAUAUUAUUAGGUGAUAUUAAUAUUAACAUAGCUAAACAAAGCAGAGAUGCAAAUCUUCCUAUUUACUUAGAUAUGAUGGCAUUUCACGGAAUGUUGCCUGCGUACUUCUUUCCCACACAUAAUAGAACAUGCUUGGAUCAUGUUAUAUUAAAGACAAAAUUGAAAGCUCGUUGUCUCAUCCUACAAACAACUGUAAGUGAUCAUUAUAGUGUUGCCUUAUACAUUGCUUCUUCUUCUAAACAAAAACCUGCAAAAGUAUUAAAAUACGUAAAUUUCGAACUUUUAAACACAGAACUAAAAAAUAAGGAUUUCAAUUCUUUGUACGAGAUCAAAGAUGUUAACGAAGCCGCUGUUUAUUUCCACAAUAUACUUCAAUCAGCUAUUAAAUCAAACUCAAGAGAAGUCAAAAUUUCUAGACGAAAAGCCAAGGAAACCUGCACUAAUUCGUUUACGGUUGCCGAAUAA